AUGGUUAAUACGCCAACAGAGAUUAUUUCUUUUAUUGCUGGUACUUUUUCGGCAAAUAAUUUUGGAGCGGAAUUAAUAGAAAAGUGGUGGAGUACAGACGAUAUGAAAAAUAAACAGAUGGUUCGACUUAUCAUUGAUCGAACAAUAGAACAAAUGAAAACCCCUCAUGAGGGGAUCCGAGAAAUUAAACAAAAAGAAGUUUAUAAAAUAUAUCAUACAAAAAUGCAAAAAUUAAACUAUAAAUAUGGAAAAAAAGUUACAAAAUUUAUGAUCGUGGUUUAUAAAUCCGUUACAAAAACCUGGAAUAAAAUGUGGGGAAAACCCAUUCCAGAAUCAUUAUUUAAAAAAAUAAAUAUUGGAAAAUUGGCAUUACCAUUUUAUAAAGAAAAUGAAGUAAAGGAAGAUUUAACUUUCAAUUUAUCCUACUUAGAGGAUGACCUUUUGAAGAAAAUACCGGAAAUGCAUGGAUAUGAUGAAGAAAAGUUUAGCGAGUUCAUCAAUGAAAUUUGUAAAUAA